AGUUAAGGUAAUCGGAGAUAGUGAAAAUGGCCAUGAAUGUAUUCUCUCUUAAGCCCGUUAUUUCUUAAAAUUAGUUCCAAAGUUUGCACUACGAGCCGCCACUUUAUUUAACGGAGGAAGUGAAGUAGUAACGGCUAGAAACAACGUCGAGCGCGUCGUAGAAAAUAUUCACAAACUACGAUGUUGGUGUAACCAAACAUAACCAAAAAGACAGACUGUUUCUGUUUUUAAAUUACAAAUUUUUUAUAAAUAAAUAUAACAUUUUAUAUUAAAUAUAUAAUUACUAUUAAUAAUUACUGUAUGUAGUAUAGUACGAAUCGUAAUAUGAAGAUAAGCGUUGACGGAUUAAUCGUAUAUUUUCCAUACGAUUAUAUUUAUCCAGAGCAAUAUGCUUACAUGCUUGAGCUCAAACGUGGUUUGGAUGCCAAGGGACAUUGCCUACUGGAAAUGCCUUCAGGUACUGGCAAAACAAUUACUCUUCUAUCACUCAUUGUGGCAUACAUGUUGGAAUAUCCCUUGAAUGUAACAAAGUUGAUUUACUGUUCUCGAACAGUACCAGAGAUAGAGAAAGUUAUAGAGGAGUUGAAGAAACUCAUAGACUAUUAUGAGAAAGAAACUAAGAGUAAGCCAAAAAUAGUUGGUUUAGUUCUUAGUUCACGUAAAAAUAUGUGUAUACAUCCUGAGGUCAGUAGAGAACGAGAAGGUAAAAUUGUGGAUGGUCGUUGUCACUCUCUUACUGCGUCAUAUGUACGAGAAAGACAUAAUCAUGAUGAAUCUACUCCCAUUUGCAAUUAUUAUGAAGGAUUUGACAUAGAGGGUAGAGAACAAAUUGUACCUGCUGGUAUUUAUUCUCUGGAUGAUUUGAAGGAUUAUGGAAAGGAUCGCGGAUGGUGUCCGUAUUUUCUUGCAAGAUUUACAAUCUUGCAUGCACAAAUUGUAGUAUACAGUUAUCAUUAUUUAUUGGACCCAAAAAUUGCGGAAACUGUCUCCAAAGAAUUGAGCAAGAGUUCAGUAGUUGUUUUCGACGAGGCUCACAAUAUUGAUAACGUCUGCAUCGACUCCAUGAGUGUGAAGAUAAAUAGGAAGCUGAUGGAGAGAAGUUCGAAUAACAUACAGCUUUUGGAGAAAACUGUAGCUGAAAUGAGAGACUGUGAUGUGAAUAAACUGAAGGAGGAGUACGACAGAUUAGUCGCGGGUUUGAGGGAUGCUCAGCUGGCCAGAGAAACCGACGUUAUUCUGGCCAAUCCUGUCUUGCCAAACGAAAUACUCGAAGAGGUCGUGCCAGGUAACAUACGAAAUGCCGAACAUUUUGUCAGCUUCUUGAAACGAUUCGUCGAGUACUUGAAGACUCGUCUACGCGUCCAACACGUCGUGCAAGAAUCGCCCGCGGCGUUCUUGAGGGACAUCCAAGCGAAGGUCUCCAUCGAGCGAAAACCGUUGCGAUUCUGCGCCCAGCGAUUGGCGUCUCUUUUACGCACUAUGGAGAUAACGGAUAUGACGGACUUCUCGCCGAUCAUUCUGGUGACGCAUCUCGCGACGCUGGUCUCUACAUAUACACAGGGAUUCACGAUCAUCGUGGAGCCAUUUGAUGACAAAACCCCGACUGUCUUGAAUCCUAUUUUGCAUUUCAGUUGUUUGGACUCUUCCAUCGCUAUCAAACCUAUAUUCGAUAGAUUUCAGUCUGUGAUAAUUACCUCCGGGACGCUGUCCCCAUUAGACAUGUAUCCCAAGAUUCUCAACUUCCAUCCAGUCAUAAUGUCGUCGUUCACUAUGACGUUAGCCAGACCGUGUCUUUUGCCUAUGAUCGUAGCGAAAGGUAACGAUCAAGUGGCUAUUUCGUCGAAAUAUGAAACGCGAGAAGAUGUGGCAGUGAUCAGAAAUUACGGCCAGCUACUGGUUGAAUUCUCCGCGACGGUGCCGGAUGGUUUAGUUUGCUUUUUCACAUCGUACUUGUACAUGGAAUCUGUAGUGGCCGCUUGGUACGAUCAAGGAGUAGUGGACCAACUUCAGAGGCACAAGUUGUUGUUCAUCGAGACCCAAGAUUCAGCGGAGACCAGUUUAGCUCUGAUCAAUUACAUAAAGGCUUGCGAAAAUGGAAGAGGAGCGGUGUUGCUUUCAGUUGCUCGUGGAAAGGUAUCCGAAGGUGUAGACUUCGAUCAUCACUUGGGUAGAGCUGUGCUGAUGUUCGGCAUACCUUACGUGUAUACGCAAUCGCGAAUCUUGAAAGCACGUUUAGAAUAUCUCAGAGACCAGUUUCAAAUACGGGAAAACGAUUUCUUGACUUUCGACGCCAUGAGACACGCAGCGCAAUGUGUGGGACGUGCGAUCAGAGGCAAAACAGAUUAUGGUAUUAUGGUGUUCGCAGAUAAGAGAUUCUCGAGGGCAGAUAAACGAAGCAAAUUACCGAAAUGGAUACAGGAGCAUUUGAGCGACAGCCUAUGUAACUUAUCUACUGAGGAAGCUAUACAGAUCAGCAAAAGGUGGUUACGACAAAUGGCGCAGCCGUUCACGCGCGAAAAUCAACUUGGAUUGUCACUAUUAACAAGGGAACAACUUGAAAAAGAAGAGACCGCCAGAAUCGAAGAGAAGGCGCAGCAAAAUUGAUAAACUAAUAAUAUUGACAAUAGGCCGAGAAAUCUGUCUUAGGCUAAUUAAUUAUAUCUGUGAUCUGUGCCAUUUACAGAAAAUAUAUCACACGAUGUUCAUGCUAACAUCUAUUUAUAAAUUUGUACUUCUGAUCGCAAGUGUACUUUACGGAAUGUAAAAUAUAUAACGGAUAUACUUUUUU